CAUUUUCAUUACUCUCAUUCUCCAAGUUCAGCUUCUCUCUUCAUAUUGUUCCCUAUGUUUUCCCUUUUCGCUUUCCUUCCUGUUCAUGUUCAAUGUCAAGCCUUCACUCUCAUUCUGAACUCACAUCCCCUCGCCAUGUUGAUGAAGCUGUUGAUUCCUUCACUCGCAUGCUCUCUGUGCGUUGCGCUCCAUCUAUCAUCCAAUUUAACAAGAUUUUGGGGUCUCUUGCCAAGACGCACCAUUUCCCAACCGCCAUUUCCCUCUUUCAGCAAUUGCAAACCAGGGGAAUUGCGCCCAGCAUAGUUACUAUGAAUAUUUUAAUCAAUUGUUGCUGCGGUAUGGGUCGGAUCACUCUCGCUUUCUCUGUAUUCGCCAUGAUUUUCAGAGUGCUGGCUCAUGGAUUUCACUUCAACCAAGUCACUUAUGGGACCUUGAUCAAUGGGCUCUGUAAGACAGGACACACAGCAGCUGCUAUUCAAGUGUUGAGAAAGAUCCCACGGUAUGGCACUGUUCCUAAUCUCGUCAUGUACAACACAAUUAUUGAUAGCCUCUGCAAGGAUACACUUGUAAGUGAGGCUUUUCAUUUAUAUUCUGAAAUGCUUGCUAAGGGAAUUUCUCCUGAUGUCAUCACCUAUAACACUCUACUUUUUGGAUUGUGCCUUGUGGGUCAACUUAAGAAAGCCAUUGAUUUACUAAAUCAUAUGAUGCUGAAAAACAUUACCCCAGAUGUUCAAACCUAUAAUACUUCGAUUGAUGGACUAUGUAAGGAGGGAAAUAUCAAAGAUGCUAAGAGUGUGUUGGCUGUGAUGACAAAAGAUGCUGUGGAACCAACUGUGGUUACUUAUAAUUGUUUAAUGGAUGGGUAUUGCUUGGUUAACAAAUUAAACAAGGCAAAAUGUAUAUUCGACACAAUGGCCCAGAUAGGAAUGGCUCCUAAUAUCCAAAGUUACAAUAUUAUUAUUAAUGGCUUGUGCAAAAGUAAAUUGAUGGAUGAUGCCUUGAAUCUCUUUGAAGAUAUGCGUUGCAAGAACUUGGUUCCUGACACGGUAACUUACAAUUCUCUAAUUGAUGGCUUGGGAAAAUCAAGGAGAAUCUCUUGUGCUUCAAAGCUUCUUGUUGAGAUGCAUAAUAAAGGUCAACCUGCUGAUAUAAUCACUUACAAUUCCUUGUUGGAUGCGAUGUUCAAUAUCAAACAACUUGACAAGGCACUUAUGUUAUUUAAUCAGAUGAAAGAGAGUGGCAUUGAUCUAAAUAUAUGCACGUAUAGUAUACUUAUUGAUGGCCUAUGUAAAAGUGGAAGACUUAUAGAUGCAAAAGAGAUUUUUCAAGAUCUUUCCAUUAAAAACCAUCGUCCAAAUGUGAGGACAUACACUAUUAUGAUCAAUGGGCUGUGCAAAGAGGGCUUAUUUGAAGAAGCAUUGGCCCUGCUGUCGGAAAUGGAAGACAAUGGUUGCUUACCAAAUGCUGUGACUUUUGAAAUCGUUAUUCGUGCUUUGUUUGAAAAAGGUGAGAAUGACAUGGCGGAGAAACUUCUUCGGGAAAUGAUUGCUAGAGGCUUAUUGAAUGGAUGAAAAGAGAUAAGAUACAUCAAUUCAAAUUAAAAUCACAUCUCUAUUGUUGCUGAAUGUGUAUCAUAGUUCUGUAAAUUCUGUAUCUGUUGGGUCAGCGGAAUUUGGCAAUGCCAUAAUAUCAAUACCACUGAUGUCUUGACUAUCUCCUUUUUAUUCAAUUAAGUUUAAACUUUCAAUGUUUGCAAUUGCUAUCA